AUUCCAUAGAAUAUCAAUCAAGCAUAACAAACUAUUGUAAUUUUGGAGUAGAGUAAGCAAAACAGAAACCAAUUUUCAAAUUCGCCUCAAUCAGAAAUCUGCCCUCAAUUAGGUUUUCUCGGAAUUCAAAAUUGUAGCUUAUGUGAUUUUCGUCUGCAAUUGAAAUUGAAGAUGGGCAACAUCUCAACGCCAUUGUUGUCUUGCUUGAUCCUCGUACUGUUCUUCUGCAGCGCAAUCCCGUCAACUGCGUUCAGUUCCAGUUCUUCUUCUUCUUCCACAAUGCACACCAACAACUGGGCAGUCCUUGUUUGCACCUCCCGCUUCUGGUUUAAUUACCGACACAUGGCUAAUACUUUAUCCCUGUACAGGACGGUGAAACGAUUAGGAAUACCUGAUGAGAGGAUAAUUCUUAUGUUGGCUGAUGAUAUGGCUUGUAAUGCUCGGAACAAGUAUCCUGCACAGGUCUUCAACAAUGAAAAUCACCGCCUCAAUUUAUAUGGAGACAACGUUGAGGUUGACUACAGAGGUUAUGAAGUGACUGUUGAAAACUUUAUGAGGGUAUUGACUGGCCGUCAUGAAACAGCUGUCCCAAGGUCGAAACGACUUUUGAGUGACGAAGGUAGUCAUAUACUUCUUUACAUGACUGGGCAUGGGGGCGAUGAAUUUCUUAAAUUUCAAGACUCGGAGGAGCUUCAGAGCCAUGACUUAGCUGAUGCUGUCAAACAAAUGAAAGAGAAGCGCAGAUUUAAGGAGCUACUGAUAAUGGUAGAUACUUGCCAAGCCGCCACUCUUUUUUCUCAACUUCAAUCACCUGGUGUUUUGGCUAUUGGAAGUAGCAAGAAAGGGGAGAAUUCAUAUUCACAUCACUUGGACUCUGAUGUUGGUGUAUCUGUUGUUGACCGGUUCACGUUUUAUACUCUUGCCUUCUUUGAGAGGUUAAAUAUGUACGAUAAUGCCUCAUUAAACAGUCUUUUCAACUCCUAUAAUCCAAAUAUGCUGUUGUCAACUGCGUACUAUCGAACUGAUCUAUACCAACGACUGUUGGAGGAGGUACCUGUGACCAACUUUUUCGGUUCAGUCAUGGAAACAAUCCAUACCGAUUCACCUUAUCGAGCCUUGUCAAGCAUAAACUCAAGAAAAUCAAAAAUCGAGAUGCGUUUGGAUCAAACAAGCAGGGGUGGACAAAGAAUACUAGAAAGUUCAGAUGUUCCACAAGAAUCAACCGAUUCUGACACUAGAGAUAAACAAGUCAGUUUUCCAUUUACACACACGUGGAAUACUAUUCUUUGGAGGAUAGAAAACAUGAAGGAAAUGAAUUACUUGGUUAACUACGGCUUGGCACUUAUGUUCCCAAUUGUGUCUUUUUCCACUUGGCUUUCCCGCUGAAAGGAAACUUACAAGAAUGUCCAGAUGGAUCGACGUCUUUGUGCAUAAUCAGAAAAUUGAUCAAAUCAUGAAUCAACGGCCUUGAGCUUCUCUCUUGCAUUGCUAGUAUCGUUGCAUGGUCUAACUUUACCUCACUGUUUGUUUGUAACGGAGCUUCAUCGAUUAUAUUCACUUCUCCGGCCUCCUCUUAGAUAGUGAAAUUACAGAGACUCGGAAAAAAAAAAGUUAUUCAGACCAUCUUAGAUGGUUCUAUUAUUAUUGUUAGUUAGAUUUCCGAUGAAAAUUGAUGACAUCAUCAAAAAUGUAUUUCUUUUGUAACCUCAACGGAUUGGUCGUAAUUUGCCCAAUUAAAAUAUUUAAAUAUUCUAACAUUUAUUCAUGAAUAGAAAAUCAUCAUAUAACCCUUCU